UCUGGUCACAUGACUCCUUCUUCUCUCUGUGCAGGAAACAAGCAGUUGUUGUCAGCAGCUCCCGGUACCUGAGCAGCGGCGCCCGGGCACCGGACAUGGCGUGGACGUCGUACCAGCUAAUCCUGGCAGGGAUGAUGCUCGUCACCGGCUCCAUCAACACGCUGUCAGCCAAGUGGGCCGACAAUUUCGAAGCUAAAGGAUGUAAAGGGUCACCGUCUCAUCAGUUUCAGCAUCCGUUCCUACAGGCAGUGGGCAUGUUCCUGGGCGAACUCUCCUGUCUGGCCGUCUUCUACAUCCUGGUGCUCAAAGACCGGCGAUCUCCUGAGCCGACCCUGGCGCCUUCCCAGCCCUUCAACUCCCUUCUCUUUCUUCCGCCAGCUAUCUGUGACAUGGCUGGCACCAGUAUCAUGUAUGUGGCUUUGAACAUGACCAGCGCCUCCAGCUUCCAGAUGCUACGAGGAGCCGUCAUCAUCUUCACCGGCCUUCUUUCUGUUGCCUUUUUGGGGAGGAAGCUGGAAUGCAAUCAGUGGGUGGGAAUCUUCGUCACCAUUGCCGGACUGAUCAUCGUGGGGCUGGCCGACUUAUUAAGCGGUUCUGGCAGUGGGAAGAAUCUCAGCGAUGUUAUUACAGGGGACCUGCUAAUCAUCAUGGCCCAAAUCAUUGUAGCCAUCCAGAUGGUCUUAGAAGAGAAGUUUGUCUACAAGCAUAACGUGCACCCGCUCCGGGCAGUGGGUACAGAAGGUCUGUUUGGAUUUUGCAUCCUCACUUUGCUGUUGAUCCCCUUCUACUACAUUCCAGCCGGCGAGUUCAGCGGCAGCGACCGUGGCGUACUGGAAGAUUCCUUGGACGCCUUUUGCCAAAUGGGGAAUCAACCUCUGAUCAUUUUGGCUCUGCUGGGCAACAUCAGCAGCAUCGCCUUCUUCAACUUUGCUGGUAUCAGUGUCACAAAAGAAAUCAGCGCCACCACUCGUAUGGUGCUCGACAGCCUCCGGACUGUGGUCAUCUGGGUGGUCAGCCUCGCGGUGGGGUGGGAGAGGUUUCAUGCCCUGCAGAUACUGGGCUUCAUUAUUCUGUUAAUAGGCACCGGGCUUUACAAUGGGUUGCACAAACCAUUGAUGUGUGGACGUUGUAAAGAACAGAGCGAGGAGACGCAAAGUCUUCUACAAGGGGAACGGACACCCAUCAAUGCAGACUCCUAAUGGCCAUUAAUAGAUGUUUUUGGGAAAAAUAUGGCAUGGACAUCUUCAGAUCUAGAAUUUAUCGGAACUGUUUUUACUGAAUGGACUAUACAUCUUGCAUGUGUACCGCCAUCUCUUGACAACAAUUUGGAUGGACGUUUUCUUGGUGGAUUAUAGUCCCAAGAGAGUUACAAAAUAUUAAUGAAAUCAAAUUCGCUGAAGAAUGAGCUUUGCUGGCCAUACUGUGGUCUAAUCUGCUGUCAAGGAUGGGCAGACGACUCACCAACUACCAGUGUCAGUGUAGUAUGAACUCCUCGAAGAAUGUAUCUAAAUGAAAAUAUAAGGUUUUCCAGGAUGCCCUUAUAGUCUUCGUAGGCCUGUAGGCAACGGGAAUCUUUACAUGACCUUGUAGAAAAGGGUUGAGAAAUUAGUCCUAAUACAGUAUAGAUUUCUUACUACAGUAAUUCUAGGAUAAAUGAGAAAUCUAGAGCUUUCUUCUGUUUUUUUCAUGGAAGACGACACUUAUCCUCCUAAAGAACUUUGUGAAGAACCUACAUUGUAUGGACAUAAGUAUUGGGACAUCUACACGUUACACCUAAAUGAGCUUUCAUGACAUCCCAUUGUUAGGUUGCUGGGCCCAUGUCUACCGCUGUCCUGCUCUCCUGGCCGGGCACAGGCGUCCCUCCACUUUCCCUGUGUGUAUGUAUUGGGACCAGUGCUCAGUGAACUUAUCUUCAGCGCUGCUAGAAUUAAUCUUGCUUUCUUGCUUGUUAAGGCUUGCUUUCUGUCCACCUGCUGGCUAAGGUGCUGAUCAGCCUUCCUAUUUAGCUGGGCUGGUGGUUCCGCCUCCUUGCCUGAGCUUUGGGUAGUUUAGACUUUGCUAGCCCUAGUGAAGGUAUGCCUGGUUCUCAACUCUGAUUCUUCCCAGCCAGCCCCGACCUUGGAAUGCUUUCUCGUAUAUGCUAGUAAGCUGCCUGCUCUGACCUUGGCCUGUCUCCUGAUUGCAUAUAUUGCCUGACUCCUCAGUGACUUGCACCAGGGACUCUGAUCCCCGUGGGUCAGCUUUCAACUACACUGAGCCUGUUUGUUUUCCUUCAGUGAAGUCUAAAUCCUUAUAUAGGGGUUAAAGGGUGACUACCAGGGGACCGCCAAGACACCUCCUUUAGUUUUAGCACAAAGCCAAAGCGGUUAGUUGGAACACAGCAUUAAUAUGGAGCUGGGCUUUCUACAAGAUUUUGAAGUGCGUGUGUGGGAAUUUUUGCUUAUUCAUCCAGAAGAGAAUUUGUGAGGUCAGACAUAUGUUGGAGGAGAGGGCCUGGCUCGCAAUCUCCAUUGUAGUUCAUCCCAAAGUUGCUGGAUGGGGUUGAGGGGAUAGUCCUGUGCAGCCAGUCAAGUUCUUCCACAUCAAACUCCCCCAACCAUGCCUUUAUGGAGCUUGCUUUGUGCACUGGGGGUCUUCCCCAAACUGGGCUGAGCACGGCCCCUGAAAACCCACCCAUAUCAUUAUCCCUCCUCCACCAGACUUUACAGCUGGCACAAUGCAGUCAAACAGGAAAUGUUCUUCUAGCAUUCACCAAACCCAGACUUGUCCAUCAGAUCGCCAGAUAGAGAAGUGUGAUUGGUCACUCCACAGAAGACAUGUCCACUGCUCCAGAGUCCAGUGGCGCCAUAAUUUACAUCACUACAUCCCAAUCUUGGCAUUGUGCUUGGUGAUGUGAGGGUUGCAUGCAGCUGCUCAGCCAUGGAAACUCAUGCCAUGAAGCUCCUGGCAUAGCACAGUUUUUGUGCUGAUGUUCAUGGCAGAGGAGGUUUGUCACUCUGCAGUUAUAGAGUCAGCAGAGCGGUCAUGACGUUUAUGCACUAUGCUCCUCCAUAUAGGUUUUCUCCAUAUAGUGUAUCAAUUAUAGUUAGACACAAUAUAGCUCCUUCCGAUCCUUCUUCUAAAUUUCUGAUAUCCUUCCAUUAUUGUAAAGACUAUUUCCAUGCUAAAUAAAUACUGUAUUGGGAAGUUUU